AUGGGAGAAUCUCGAGACGACGGCAAGAAGGCACCUACGUGGGAUGGAGACGUCACCAGAUUCCAGGAGUAUCGAGAGCGUGUGAAAUGGUAUGUGGCUGGUCUUCCACAUCGAGACAAACAAGUGGCAGGAGCGAGACUGGCGGCAGCUCUCACAGGAGAAGCAUGGAAGGCGCUCGAAGAGGUUUCAGAUGAAGGACGAGAGCUGCUGGAAAAGACUGGAGGCCACAAGAUCCUUUUAGAGUUCUUGGACGAGACGCUCAUGGACGAACCCAUACCGCCGGAGGCCGCGAAGUACUUGAAGGAAUACUUGUUCACGCUGCGACGGAGGAACAACGAGGGCAUGAAGGCCUACGCUCAGAGGAGCAGGAUCGUCGCAGAUAAGUUGGACCAGAGCUUCAGGCGAAUUGACGAGAAGGACACUACGACAGAGAUCAAGUUAGCCAAGAAGAUGCGGCCCGAGGAGAAGACAGAGUCCGUGACGCUGGAGUCCACUCGCGAACGAGAAGGCCCCGAAGGCGAAGAUGAAGGCGCAGAGGACGACGGCAGCUGGAAGGACGAGAACGACGGCUACUGGAAGGGUAGCUGGUGGUAUGGCAGCAGCUGGUGGUCGAGUUCACCGACGGGGUCAGCUGGCUGGACCUGGCCACAGGCGACGACAUCGCUGAAGGCACACAAGAAGGUGACGCUGAAGGAAAAGGCUACGGAUGCGCUGUGCUCACUGAUGGCACGUUUCGACCUGGAGGAUGACGAUACCGACAUCAAGGCGCUGAAGGAGGUGGCGACAGAGGCGCGCGAGACGCUGAUCCCGUCGGUGAUGGCGGGCUGGCUGCUACUACAACGAGCCGGACUGAAUGCUCAAGAGCGCGCGGGAGUCCUGUCGUCAGCCAAGAACUCGCUGAAUCUGAAGAACAUCGAGGCAGCGCUGCGGGACCAGUGGGCAGACGUGGACCUGAAGGAGCACGACGCGCACAACAAGAAGAGAGACAUAUUCCCGCACAAACCUGGCCGUGGACGAGCACUAGGAGUGUUUGGAGAAGAUGAAGAUGAUCAAGAGGAGGCUCCAGACGACUACGACCCGGAAGACGACUACGAAGCCUACGCGGAGUUCGACUGGGACGAGGACGAACUCGACCUCGAAGGUCUGGACGAGGAGGAACGCGCGGAGGCAGAGGAGGCACUGGCGGUCAUCGCCGGAGCCAAGAAGGACGUCAAGAACCAGAAGAGGACGCUGGCACAAGCGCGGGCCGUGGUGAAAGAUAUCAAGCAAAGCCGAGGGUUCUUUCAGAAGGGCAAGGGCAAGGGCAAGAAAGGCGGCAAGGGCCAAGGAGGGCCGUGCUUCAUCUGUAGCGGACCGCACAGGAAGGCCGACUGCCCGAAGAACCCGGAGAAUCGAAACAAGGAGCAACCACGCGGACGAGCAUCUCAGGUUGGAGCGUUGACGUUCAGCUUCGCGAACUGGGAGGCCAACGACGACGAGCUCGAGGAGAACGACCUGGAGAUGGCCUACACGGAGUUCGAGGUGGAGCACGCGCUGGCCGGUCUCGCGGACGAGACGGAGGGGUGCAUGGUGCUCGACAGCGGAGCGACGAAGACGUUCGGGUCGAUCGUGGCGCUCGAGAAGAUCAUCGAGAAGCAGCAGCAGGCAGGAAUCGACACGAGCAACGUGAAGGUGGAUGUGACAGAUCGACCGAAGUUCGGGUUCGCUAACGGCGACGCGGAGCAGUGUUCGUGCCGGACGAACCUCCCGCUGCAGGCGAACGGCAAUCUAGGUAGCGUGUCGGGCUACGCGCUGAACACCAAGGGGGACCGCUACGUGCCGUUGCUGGGGUCAGUGGAUUUCUUGAAGCGUGCUGGAGCGAUCAUUGACUUCGAGACGGGGAUUGCCUGCUUCAACAAUAUCACGAAGAACAAGGUGGCGAAGCUCAAGCGGAUCUCGACGGGACAUCUGUGCAUCGACAUGACGAAGGACCUCUACGACGCGAAGGUGAACUACACUGACAGGGAGGACUUCAAGCAGAAGCUCGAGGAUUUACAGCAGUCCGACACGAACGACAGCUCGAUCAAGGACUGCGAGUACUUCGACCCGAUUUCGGAGAUUUUCGGCGAUCCAGACCACACCGACACGAUCGAAGUACGUGACUACCGAUACGUGUGA